AUGUCAAGUAACGUCAUCAGUGUGAAAACUUCUAAUAUGGAAACAAAUAUCUACUAUUCAUUAUCGGGUAACGGUGAAGAGACUUUGGUUAUUAUACCAGGUAGUAUCGGCGCUAGCGAUAUUGAAUUUUCUUAUUUGAUACAAGAUGUUCCCGAUCAUUUACGAAUAGUGACAUUUCAUCUUCGAGGCCUUGGUCGAUCUAAACCUCCCCAAACUCGUGAAUGUCCAUUGGAUUUUUAUUACAAAGAUGCUGACGAUUGCGCGGCUAUCAUGGAAUCUUUAGGUUUUGAAAAGUAUUCAGUUCUCGGAUUUUGUGACGGUGGCGUAUCCGCUAUGAUUUUAGCCGCUAAGUAUCCGACAAGGGUUCAAAAACUAAUUUUACUAGCAACGCGCUCUUAUAAUACUGAGAAAGAACUCGCUAUUCUAAAUCAACUUAAGAACGUCGAAUCAGACUUUGAUCCAAAGGUUUUAAAAGACUAUGUUAAAGUUUAUGGUGACAUAGUCACGGUGCAACAAUGUUUCACUAGCUAUUUAAACACGCAUUCAAUAUUACUUCGUAAUGCUCAAGGCUUGUGUCAAUCAGAAUUAAGCAAGAUUCAAAGUCCAACACUUAUUCUACACGGUGAAAAUGACCCUAUCACACCUGUUAUUCAUGCUCACUAUCAGCGAGAGAAUAUUCCAAGAUCACAAUUGUAUAUCAUCCCCGGUGGUCACCAUUUCAUACAACACCAAUUUCCCGAUAAAUUUGUCAAAUUUCUUCAGGCUUAUUUACUCCAAGAUACUGUUAUCCGUUGGGAAACUAUUUAG